AUGUUCUUUCAUUUACUGAACCGUACGCUGUGGUGCCGGUACAUUCGAAUGUGCAGCAGUGCAAAGCAGAUUCGACCGCUGGACGGCAUCAAAGUGAUCGAACUGGAGGGCUAUGUGCCGGUACCACACUGUGGACUCAUACUCAGUGAUUUUGGGGCCAAAGUUACAGUUAUUUCAAGGGUUGCUUUUUUUGAAAGAUCUUAUGGCGAAAAAACAGUACCUAUCGAUGAGCAUUGCUUAACUAGAGGAAAAGAAUUGAUUUUGCUAAAUCUGAAAACAAAAGAUGGCUUGAAAAAGGCUCGCGAAAUGAUAUUGAGCAGCGAUGUCUUACUGGAUCCGUUUCGGCCUGGUGUGCUGGAAAAAUUAGGCCUCGAUCCAGUGGAACUGUUGAAAGAUAAUAAAAAACUUGUGGUAGCGCGUUUGUCGGGAUACGGACAAACUGGUGACUUGUCGCGGACUGCCGGGCAUGACCUUAACUUUGCUUCUAUGUCAGGCUUGUUACCUGCGAUGACAGCAAAAGUAAUCCCACGACCGCCGUACUGGCCAUCCGCAAACAUGGUUACAGGCUUAGCCGGAGGCGCACUUACGACUGCAUUUGGUGUCGUUGCUGCACUCUUCAAUCGCUGUAAUAACGGUGAUAAUUUGAUUUAA